AUGGCUUCCUUCUUCCGUACUGGGCGCAAGUGUAUCGCUAUUGGGCGCAACUAUGCCGACCACGCCAAGGAGCUUGGGAACGCUGUCCCCAAGGAACCCUUCUUCUUCCUCAAGCCCACGUCGUCGUACAUCGGUCCCGGCGAGACGGUCGAGAUCCCCAAGGGCGUCAACUGCCACCACGAGGUCGAGCUCGGCGUCGUGAUCGGCAAGAACGGGCGCAACAUCUCUGCGGCCGAUGCCGACUCGUACGUUGCCGGCUACACCCUCGCCAUUGACAUGACUGCGCGUAACAUGCAGGAGGCGGUCAAGAAGAAGGGUCUCCCCUGGUCUGCCGCCAAGGGUUUCGACACGUUCUGCCCCGUCGGCCCAUUCAUCCCCAAGUCCAAGAUCGGAGACACGUCCAAGGUCGGGCUGACGCUGUCGAUCAACGGCCAGGUCAAGCAGGCCGGCACGACGGCCGACAUGAUCUUCGAUGUGCCGCACCUCAUCUCGUUUGUGAGCGGUAUCAUGAAGCUCGAGGAGGGCGACGUCAUCCUCACUGGUACGCCGGCCGGCGUGUCCCAAGUCAAGCCGGGCGACACAGUCGACGUGAGCAUCACGUACCCCGGCCUCGAGGGGGAGGUACUGGACAAGUAUGAGGUCAAGGCUGUCCAGCGCGAGGGCGGUCACGAGUUCAAGGAGUAG